AGCGCCCCUCGCCAACAUGCUGUAGGCGUGGCAGUUGUUACUGACGUCAUUCAAUGACAGCUAGCUGUCAGAAAGUGAGUUCAUUCUCCGGAUCCGAGGAGACGGAGCGCCGUCAUUAGGGUUUUAGCUUCCCAUUGGUGUCUAGCACCCCGACUCAGCGAGACAACGGACGGACCUUUCCACCGAGCCCGGCCAUGGACGAACAGGCGGGGCCCGGCGUGUUUUUCAACAACAAUAACAACUCUGUUUUACCCGGCGGUGGGAAAGGACCGCUGCCCGAUGGCGACGCUGGGGAGGCGGCCAGGGCGCAAUACAGUAUCCCGGGGAUCUUGCACUUCCUGCAGCACGAAUGGGCCCGUUUCGAAGUAGAGAGAGCACAAUGGGAGGUUGAGCGGGCCGAAUUACAGGCCCAAAUCGCCUUCCUGCAGGGGGAGAGGAAAGGCCAGGAGAAUUUGAAGAAAGACCUUGUGAGGAGGAUCAAAAUGCUGGAGUACGCACUGAAGCAAGAGAGAGCAAAGUACCACAAGUUAAAAUAUGGGACGGAGUUAAAUCAAGGUGACAUGAAGCCCCCGAGCUACGACUCUGAUGAGGCCAAUGAGAACGAGACUUCUGGGUCACUCAACAAUCAGCUGUCCUGGAAACAAGGCCGUCAGCUCCUCAGACAGUACCUCCAGGAAGUGGGAUACACAGACACUAUCUUAGACGUAAAGUCCCAGCGGGUCCGGGCGCUGCUAGGACUAGCCGGGGAUGGAGGUGGGAGGACAGGUGAACGGACCAGUACCGAGCCUUUGGUCAAUGGGACAGACACAAAGGGCAUGGGCACCAGAGGGAAAGCUGAGCUCUCUGAAACAAGUGCUGUACUGGAGGCCUUCAAGUUCAUUGAGAAUGCAGCUGCUGAGUUCAGUGAUGAAGAUGAGGAAGAGGAUAGCGAGGGGAAGGACAGGACUCAUGUGGAGUCCAGGACAAUCUUGAGAAAGAAGCCGCCAUCGUCAUCGUCAUCGUCACCGGCCAGUAUGGACACCACUGAGGAUCCUGACACAGAGGAGGCACUGAAGGGCUUUGACUUCCUGUCCAGCCCUGACGACAUGGACACCUCACCGGAGUCCAGAGGCACUGGGGACGGCACAGACUGGGAGAAGGACGAGGAAGGUUCCAUUUCUGAGGCCUGGGAUGUGGACCCGGGCCUGAUAACCAAACUCAAGGAGCAGUACAGAAAGGAGCGCAAGGGGAAAAAGGGGGUGAAGAGGCCUAACCGGUCCAAGCUGCAGGACAUGCUGGCUAACCUGAGAGAUGCAGAGGACUUGUCCCACAUGCAACCUCCAUCCACCCCCCAGUCCCGGCCCAACGUGGUCCGCUUCAACGAGCACGAUGGGAACCGAACAGAUGAAGUUGAGGCGCUGACCUUCCCGCCCACCUCAGGGAAGUCGUUCAUAAUGGGCACAGACGAGGCCAUGGAGAGCGAGCUGGGCCUGGGGGAGCUGGCUGGACUCACCGUGGCCAAUGAGGCCGACAGUCUGGCAUACGACAUUGGCAACAACAAGGAUGCUAUGAGAAAAACGUGGAACCCCAAAUUCACUCUGCGGAGCCAUUUCGAUGGGAUUCGUGCUCUGGUCUUCCACCCUGUGGAGCCCGUCCUGGUCACCGCUUCAGAGGACCACACACUCAAGAUGUGGAACCUCCAAAAGACCGCUCCUGCCAAAAAGAGUACAUCUUUAGAUGUGGAACCAAUCUACACUUUCAGGGCCCACAGGGGGGCUGUACUGAGCGUGGUGAUGAGCAGUACAGGGGAGCAGUGUUUCAGUGGAGGGGUUGAUGGAACGAUUCAGUGCUGGAACACCCCCAAUCCCAACAUCGACCCCUACGACUCCUACGACCCAUCGGUGCUGCGUGGAGCGUUGAGUGGACACACUGACUCAGUUUGGGGUUUGGUGUACAGUAGCGCACACCAGCGCCUCCUCUCCUGCUCUGCAGACGGGACUGUGAGGCUGUGGGACGCCAACAACAUCUCACCUGCCCUUGCAGUAUUCAAUGAAAACAAAAAACUCGGAGUUCCCUCCUCUGUAGACCUGGUCUGCAGUGAACCAGCCCACCUGGUCACAUCCUUCACAAACGGGCAGAUCGGCCUCUUUAACAUGGAGACCCGCCAGCUGGUCCUCAGUCUGGAAUCCAGUUUGGAGCCAGGCACUCCCUGUCAGAUCAAUAAGGUCCUCAGCCACCCGACUCUUCCCAUCACCAUCACAGCGCAGGAGGACAGACACAUCAAGUUCUUUGACAACAACAGCGGGAAGCUGAUUCACUCCAUGGUGGCUCACCUGGAUGCUGUCACCAGCUUAGCUGUAGAUCCUAACGGUCUUUAUCUCAUGUCAGGCAGUCAUGACUGCUCUAUCCGUCUGUGGAACCUGGAGAGUAAAACCUGCAUCCAGGAGUUCACGGCUCACAGAAAGAAGUCUGAGGAGUCGAUCCAUGAUGUAGCGUUUCACCCGUCUAAAUGCUACAUCGCCAGCGCCGGCGCAGACGCUCUCGCAAAGGUGUUUGUAUGACGCGGAGCUGCGUCUCUCCCUGCAGCCCCGCUCUCUGACUCAGCCUCCCGUGAUCAGGGACCAAUAGAGACACAGCAGGGGAAGGACCUUCAGGCAUGGCUCCAGUCCCACCUCACACAGCCCACUGGUUUCCUGACGGACUGGCAGACUAUGUAGCCGCUAGCCUCAAAUGGGCCAUGACUCUCCAUAGAAAGGGUCAGCAGGGAGGCCAGUCAAGAGGAGAACUGCUCUCAAGUGUCCCCUCUACCAUCCAGGCAGGCCUGGGUGUGACCGGCUACAGCGCCCCUGCAGAGAGACUGAAUCUUAACCUCCAUAGCUAGGAGGCUCAGGACAAGUGUUAGAGUGUGGAGUGGAGAAAUGAGAUUUCAAGCCGCUCUUCUGCCCCUGUGACUUCACGCUCACCCCAAACCCCUCGGGCCCUCGACCUUCCCGCUCAGACGGACCAAGGUCCGUGUCCUUUACUCCAAGUCAGGUUUUGUGUUGUGUUGUUGCAGAAACGUGGGGUACUGAAGGCUUCCUGCAGCUGUUGUGGAAGCCUCUCACUUCUUCUUCUUUGCUUCCCAGACUGACUCUGCUUGCUGGCCUGCCUUUAUUUUCCUUUUUAAAACACGUAUUGACAAAUGUGCCUUUGAUUUAAAAAGGUCUUGAAAUUGUUAUUUUAACAAGUUUGUUUUGGGGAACAGGGAGGGAAGGGAUGGCGGCGAAAUGGAGCUGGUUGUCACAAUGUUGUCGAUUUUAACAUUGGAUGUAAAAUUACAAAUGCUUAUAAUAAACAAAAUAUAUAUUCAGUCUUAAAAUUUACUGUGCAGCGUGAGUUUGAGUGCUCCUUUUUGAUAAGUAUGGUUGGGGAAUCAAUUUUGUGCAUUUCACGGCAAAGCUGGUAGAUACAGACCGUUAAAUAUAAUGCCUGUUUGUUAGAUUCAAGUAACUGUACACUUCAGAAGUAAGAUUACAAACAUAUUUGUCCAAAGUAAACCAUCUUGGUUAUAUAAUUGCAAUUCAGACUUGUUUCUAGAUGUCCAUUUUAGGAAUAACUAAUUGAUUUUGGCCAGUUUACUCUUGUUUGAAUCGAAUGGCUUGUACUGUAUGUAGUUUUCCCCAAUUGUGUGGACAUGCUUGACUACAGUGUGACGUAUCAUGUCCAGAUAUUUACAGUAGUCCAGUGUUUAGCAGGAAAUUAGUGCAGUACUGUAGGACUGUUUGAAAUAAUGAGUUAACCAUCCAACACUGAGGGAAGAAAAAAUGUCCUGCAAAUUCCAGUUUAUUGUAAACUGUGUGAGGAGGAAACGAUCCUGGGUAAAAAAAAAGAAACAAACAAACAAACAAACAAAUCAAGAUGUUGUACAUGUAGAGUACAGCUUCAAAUGAGCCAUUUUCUCAGUCACUGGUUUGUAUAUGAAACUAUGUUCAAAAUAAAACCUGCUGUAAAAUGUUGCCUGGGCUCUGAUGUUGGUGAUUUGACAAUCAUGAAAGCUGUUUGCAACUUGCGGAAAGUAAAUGUGAUCAUCAGUGCAGAUCGGGGGUUUUCAAAGUCUGACAGCCAAAAUUGAGACAACUGUCAUGGAUU